AUGGGCGAUCCAUGCGUAUUCCCGCACCAAGCAGCCCUGACCCAUCUCUGCUGCGAGUAUUCCGAGUUCAGCGAUAUUGACCGGAUUGAAACAGCCCCUGGAAGGCCGCCAAACCAAUACUUCUACAUCCGUACUAAGUCAGGAUGUGGCUGCGCAGAAACCGGGCUUGGCUGUCAGGACUAUUUCGUCCGGAGUGGUGAAGAGGAUAGGGACCUCCGCCUUCGACAUGACCUACUGCCCCGCGUGGCGAAAAAGCUUGCCAUCUACAACCAGAGCCUUCGAACUUCUGACAUUAGUGACAUUAAGGCCUGGAGUCCGGGCGCCGUGUUUGUGACUGUGCCGGAGCCCAUUUCACCUUCCCUGAUGGUUGAUGUGGCUUCAGACGGUGCGGGUGCUGCUACAUGUGCGAGUUGUGGUUGUCCGGUUUGCGAAAUGCUUCCGCGGACUCCGCGUGUGAAGUCUCUAAACGGUCUCAGCGUUUGGCGUCGACUCAUGGGAUUCGUGGAUUUCGACUGGGAGCAGAAGCAUGCCGACUGGAUUGCCGGGACUUGCGCGGGAAUUGCAGCUUUCAAUGCAGCACUGCAGGACUGCUCAUGCCUUCCCUGCAGUGACAUCUCGCCCGAGGAUGUCGCUGACAGGGUGAAGGUGCCAGAAUGGGUAAAGGAGCACAAGAACCACUGGGACGAGGCGGACGACUUGGACUACUUGCUGGACCAUGUGCGCCCAAUGCUGUCAGACUUGAGCUUCCUGGUUGAUGCAGCCGGGGAACAUGGUGUUCUGGUCGCAAGCCGUGCCUUAGCGCUGCUUGUGGAGCACCGGAAAGCUUACAAAUCGCUGCCUAAGCAGCUCACGCACGGCGACCUGGGUCUAGGGAAUGUGAUGAUUUCCCCCUCCAGCGAAAACGCAACCGUGUGCAUUAUUGACUUCACCCCAUACGCGACGGAGUCGCACCUGUAUGCCUUCACCGUAACGCUGUACUGGACCUUUCUCUAUGGCCCACUUAGCAGCGCAGGAGCGGGCGGCACUCAAGAUGCCGCGUUCUUGGAUGAGGAACGACUGCGCGCUGCAGUUGCUGCAUACCUUACCACUGCAGACUUGUAUGGCUUGCCCGAUGUGCGGCACAUGUGGUACACCAUGUUUGUCAAAGUCGCAUGUCGCAUGCUGUUUGUUCCGGUGCUGUGGGCGAGCUCUGCAGAAGUAGAGGGUGCAGCAUUGCCAUCCUUCGUUUGUGCAGAAGCCACUGAGAAAUAUGUGCGGGUGUUGGAUUGGGUUAUGGCGAACAGGGCGACAUUGCAGAAGAUGCUGGACUUGGAUGUUGAUGAUGCUUGA